AUUUACUCACAUUUGAUCAGCUACUGGUUCAAGGUGAAGACCAUCAAGAGAUUGAACAAUGAAGACUGUGGCCGCUCUACUUGUUUUUAUCAGUUUGGCUAUUGUUGCUAUCGAAGGGCAGCCUGGGCCUGGAAUCCAAAGAUGUUUAUGCCGGGGUCCUGGGGUAAAAAUGGUGAAACCAAAGCUGAUAGAGAAGGUGGAAAUUCACCCUGUUAGUCCAUCUUGUGGACAUCUGGAAGUUGUUGUCUUGCUGAAGAAUGGUGCAGGGCGAAGAUGCUUAAACCCAGAGUCAUUGUUUACCAAGAAUAUCAUUAAGAGGAUUGCAAAUAAGACCAGGUGAGUCUUAUCAGUGACAUUACAAUUGAUACUGAAAA